AUGUCACUGCAGACCCCGCAGGCUGCCACAGCCGGCUCAGAUCUCCCCGCUGUUACCGAGAAAGGGUCCUUGCUGGGUUACAAAAUGGGCGAGGACAGUUUUGUUCCCCCGUCAGUGGAGGAGGAAGAGGAAGACGGGGAGAAAGAAAAGGAGAAAGAGAAAUUGCCUCCUAUCCUGACUGCAUCUAAUACUGCUGCUGGGGGAUUGGAGAGAGGAACCAAAAGCCAAUUUUCUACUUUUAGCAGUUUUAUUUCCACUAUCAACCAAAAGAAAGAAGCAGCCGGAAGCAGCAGCUCACCUACACAACUUGUUAUACCCAACAUCAAAAAUGUGAGAGAUCUACCACCAAUUUGCCUUGAUGUUAGGCAAAAGCAGCGCAUCUCUAUAGAUACACUACCACCGGAACUGAAAGCUCCAGUCCCUCCAGAACCUUCCCUUCCCAUCCGAACCAAAACUAUGAAAGACUUCCAGGAGGAUAUGGAAAAAGCUAAGUCAUCAGGAGAUUGGAAAGCUGUACAUGAUUUUUAUUUAACAACAUUUGAUUCUUUCCUGGAGCUAAAUGCUGCAUUUAAGAAAGAUGUCAGUCUCCCUUUCAGUACCAUUGAAGACUCUGGAAUCAAUGCUAAAUUUGUGAAUGCUGUCUAUGAUGCCUUACUAAAUACUCCUCAAGAUAUUCAGAAGUCUGUCCUAAAAGGAAUAAUUAAUGGUCUGUUACAGGAGUGGAAAGGGCCACGAACAAAAGAUGAUCUUAGAGCAUACUGUAUACUUUUACAGAAUCCUCAGUUUAGUAACACAUCUACUUAUGUCAUCUAUGCUCACUUGCUAAGACAGAUAGCAACCUUGGCAGAAGCUGACCACCAUUUCCUAGCUCACUGGUUUAAAAAGAUUUCGCAGAGGAGGUUUAAGCAGUUAGUAGACAGGUUGUUGCAAUUUAUUUCUUUACGUCUGUUCCCUGCAAAACCUGAAGAAUUCCCACCCAUGAUAAAAUGUACUUGGUGGAUUCCAUCAGCAACCAAAGUCUUGUCUUUAUUCAAUGCUGCAAAUAGCCUAGCUAAUCCUGCUAUUAUUCCAUAUACGGAUUUUUAUAAUUCUACUUUGGAUCAUAUUGAUCUCAUGGAAGAGUAUCAUAACUGGCAGUGUUAUGGAAACUCUCACAGGUUUUCUUUCUGUCAGUAUCCAUUCAUUAUUUCUAUAGCAGCAAAAAAAGUUAUUAUUCAAAGGGACUCAGAACAACAGAUGAUAAGCAUGGCACGGCAAAGCCUAGUGGACAAAGUCUCUCGCAGGCAGAGACCUGACAUGAAUAUGUUAUUCCUGAACUUGAAAGUGAGAAGGAUGCACCUUGUUAGUGAUUCACUUGAUGAGCUGACACGGAAGGGGGCAGAUUUGAAAAAAAAGUUGAAAGUUACAUUUGUAGGGGAGGCUGGUCUUGAUAUGGGUGGCUUGACAAAAGAAUGGUUUCUUCUCCUUAUUCGCCAGAUUUUUCACCCGGACUAUGGUAUGUUUACAUAUCACAAGGAUUCACACUGUCACUGGUUUAGCAGCUAUAAAUGUGAUGAUUACUCUGAAUUCCGAUUGGUUGGAGCUCUUAUGGGACUUGCCGUGUAUAACAGUAUCACCUUGGAUAUUCGCUUCCCACCUUGCUGUUACAAGAAACUUUUGAGUCCUCCCAUUGUUCCCUGUGAUCAGAAUACACCUGUAGGCAUCAGUGGUGUUUCAUUAGAUGACCUGUGUCAUAUUAUGCCAGAGUUGGCCCAUGGACUAAGUGAGCUUCUAUCCUAUGAAGACAACGUUGAAGAAGACUUUUAUUCAACCUUCCAGGUUUUUCAAGAAGAAUUUGGAGUCAUAAAAUCUUAUAACCUAAAGCCUGGUGGUGAUAAAAUUCCAGUUACGGCUCAGAAUAGGAAAGAAUAUGUGCAGCUUUAUGUUGACUUCAUUCUCAACAAAUCAAUCUACAAACAGUUUGCAGCUUUUUAUUAUGGAUUCCAUAGUGUCUGUGAUUCAUAUGCAUUGAUGCUACUUCGUCCAGAAGAAGUUGAAAUUCUUGUUUGUGGAAGCCCUGAACUGGAUAUGUAUGCUCUACAGAGAAACACCCAGUAUGAUGGCUACCUGAAAACUGAUCUCACUAUACGAUACUUUUGGGAGGUAGUACUUGGAUUUCCUCUUGAUCUCCAAAAGAAGCUACUGCAUUUUACCACAGGAAGUGACAGAGUACCUGUGGGAGGGAUGGCUGAUUUGAAUUUCAAGAUUUCAAAGAGUGAAACAUCCACUAACUGGUUACCUGUGGCCCACACCUGCUUCAACCAGCUUUGCCUCCCUCCUUACAAGAGCAAAAAAGAACUGAAGCAGAAGCUGAUCAUUGGAAUUUCAAAUGCAGAAGGUUUUGGUCUAGAAUAA